GCGAUGCACGUCUCUUGCAGGCACGAGCAGCUCCGCCUUGCCAUGUACCUCUAGCGGGGGCCUGAGACGUGACAGCUGACGGGCCGCAGAGACGGCGGUGCAAGAGGCCGGCGAGCUGAGACGCCGGGUGUGUCGAGCGAGGUGCACCCUGGCGCCAUGGGGCUCUGCUCGCCUGGACGCCUUGCAAUGGCGCUCUUGGCUGCCUCAAGGAGGCGAGCCUACGCACGCUCUCUCGUCUCGACCACCACCCCGCUGCGACCACAUCGCCUCUUCGAGCAUCCAUUCCACGCUCUCGCUCCACGCGGGCCUCGCCUCGCCCCUCGUGCCAACGCACGCUCUCUGCCGCGCCCCGCCAUGCCCAACUGGAGUAGCAGCCACGACGAUGUCCUUGCUGCUGGGUCUCUCGCAGCCUCACUGCAGUGCAAUCGACGUCAGCUGAAGCCAUCUCGCCCUGCCGGCCACGCAGCUCGCUCCUCGCCGUCCUGGCAAGCCUCCUGAGCUUCUUCCUCGCCGGCGUCCUCACUGCCGUCGCCUAUCUCGCGCAUCUUCGGCGCACCUUCAAAGUGCCGGCGCUGCGCCGUGCCAUCCUCUGCAUCGUUAUCGCUUGCAAUGUCCAAGUGAUCCUUGGCUUCUGCGUGAUCGCUCGGCCGUUCCUUGUGCCCUCGCUUGCAGUCGCACGCUCGCAAGUCUGGCUUGUGGCUUUCUGGACUCUCGGCCUCGCCGCACGCCUGCUCGUCGUCGCGUGCCUGCGCAUCUACAUCCGUC